AUGCCAACCUAUCCAGAAAUUUUCCGUGUAUCCCGAGCCCUCCAGUGUGCCAACACAGAGCUUAGUAUUUUCUCCCGUGAGCUUGGUGAAACGGUUUCAAUAGCAUACCCAAUUAACAGAGUCACUGGGGAUCGUAUUGUCGCUCGCCAACUCAAGGACUGGGUUCUUCGUCGCAAGGUUAUCUGGGAGUGCUUUUGUGCUCUUGUGACGGAGCAACGCACUCCAGUGCGCUUUGAAACUAAUCAUUGGGGCCAUUCAAUGGCAUAUUGCCAUCAAUAUCCUAGCCACUGUGGCUUUUCCUUAAAUCUUAGUGAGGCUCGAGAAACUGCUCUUCUCGAGUCUAGAUAUACACACGUUCUUACACGGGUGUAUCAUAACCAUCAUCAGCUGAUGGAUCUGCAUGGUUUGGUAGUGCGAGUGCACCACGACCGAGUUGCAGCAACGCCCAAUGGACACGCAGAACUUUUUCCAUACUUCGAGGAUUAUUGCGGCACCCCAACAAGCUCAGCAUUAAUACAGCCUCGGCGAGGCGGCGCUGUUCGUACUCGUCGUCAGUUCUCAGCUGCACGUAAUAUAUCACUACAGCAUCAAAUCCACCGCCCAUCCGCCCCACUCAGAUUCCCCAGUGUUGCUGAUGAUACACACAUCGAGCUUGCAAGUCCAACGUCUUCGACAGAGCAGGGUGUAUUGCAUUCACUUGCAGAGGGCAGAGGGAUUACAUCCUACGAGCAUAUUGGGCUAUUAGAGUUGUGUGGAAACUGUCAACGAAUGUUUGCAGCGAUAACAGGUCACUCAUUACUCCUGCAAGUUGUAGACACGAGUGGCGGUGGAGCAGGGCGCUCUGGGAAGACAGGUUUUGGAGUGGCAGGGUUCUGGCGCGGUGGCAGGAGUCCUGGCUCGUAG